CGCGCCACACUCAAGAUGACCGCCCGCACCGAGGCGCAGGAAGCGCGCCACACACAAGAUGGCUGUUCCCGCCGAGGGGCAGGAAGCCACUUUUCCCGGAAGCGCCACGCUCAAGAUGGCGGCGCCCCAGGACGGUGCCCGGCAGGGGCCAGGCGGCGGCGGCGCAUGCGCGUGGUGGAGCUGGGCCGCGCCGCAGUGACUAAGAUGGAGGCCGCGGGAAUGGUGCCGGUGCCGUGGGCUGGGGGCCGCGCUCCGGGACAACUUUGCGCGCUGCGGGCCGGGCCUGGGCUGGGGCUGCAGCUGGACCUGGACCUGGAGCUCCAGGCCGGCGGCGGGGAGCCGCUCACCAGGACGCUGAGCCCCAUGGUGACGGGCACCUCGGUGCUGGGCGUGCGGUUCGACGGCGGCGUGGUGGUGGCGGCCGACACACUGGGCUCCUAUGGGUCGCUUGCCCGCUUCCGCAACAUCUCGCGCAUCAUGAAGGUGAACGACAACACGGUGCUGGGGGCGUCCGGAGACUACGCCGACUUCCAGUACCUCAAGCAGGUCAUCGACCAGAUGGUAAUCGACGAGGAGCUGCUGGGCGACGGGCACAACUACAGUCCAAAGGCCAUUCAUUCCUGGCUGACCCGAGCCAUGUACAGCCGGCGAUGCAAGAUGAACCCACUCUGGAACACUGUUGUUAUUGGAGGCUUCUACAAUGGCGAGAGUUUCCUAGGUUAUGUGGACAUGCUGGGUGUUGCCUAUGAAGCCCCUACGCUGGCGACAGGGUAUGGAGCUUAUCUAGCUCAGCCACUGAUGAGGGAAGCUCUGGAGAAGAAACCCAUCCUGACGAAGGAGGAGGCGCAGGACCUGAUUGAGCGCUGCAUGAAAAUCCUCUACUACCGGGAUGCCCGGUCGUUCAAUCGAUUUCAAAUCGCUGUCGUAACAGAAAAAGGAGUGGAAGUGGAAGAACCUCGCUCUGUUGAAACCAACUGGGACAUAGCACAUCUCAUCCGGGGCUUUGAAUGAGCACUGAAGAAUGAGUACUCCCGGCUGCCAGCUCUGGAGUCUCCCUUUGCAUCCUAUAAUCAGUUAUUUUUGCUGAUGCUGUAAUCCACGUUGAUGUGGAAGUUUUGUAAAUGAAGUAAACUUGUUGAAACAUG